CUGAUACCAUAGAUACAGCAGCUGCUGCUGCACUCCGCGGGCAGAGGGAGCGAUACGACCGGGGUACUGAUAAUUAACCCGGGAUAAAUCAGCGGAACGGACGGCAGUUCAGCUCUAAACCGGCAGGAAUUACUGAUCUGCAGCCUGUCAGAUCUUCAGCUCGGGGCUUCACACCAUGCUGGAUCCAUCAGAAAAUGGUUUGUUUGACAUCCCUGACUACGAUCAGAUAGAAGAUGAGUCAUUUCCCCCUCUGCCUCCACCCCUGUCUCCUGGAGAGGGAAACCUGGAAGGAGACCCUUUUGCCAAUGGAGAGGGUGAGGCGGAGGGCGAGGUGUCGAAGCUACCUGAAGUUCCAGUUGCCAAAAGGCGAACCGUCAAGAGGCCUCAACCUAAACUAGACUCUCAGAGACUAACAUCUGAACGAGGACUUCCAGCCCUGCGGACGUUAUUUGAUAAUGUCAAGUUUAAGGGCAAAGGACAUGAGGCUGAGGAUCUGAAGGUUCUUUUGCAGAAAAUGGAAAACUGGGCACACAGACUUUAUCCCAAAUUUCAGUUUGAGGACUUUAUUGACAAAUUAGAGGUUCUAGGAGGCAAAAAAGAAGUACAGACGUGUCUCAAGCGAAUACGGCUGGAUAUGCCUCUGACUCAUGAGGAUUUCAUUGGAAAUGAUGCUGAGGCACCUGAGGAACGCUUGCAGGAAGAUAAAGACCCGUUUGGAGACGGAGGAUUCUCUGAAGAUCCUUUUAUUCAUUCCACUCCUGCUCCUGCAGCUGCACCUGCACCACUGCGUACCCCAGUCAGUCUUACAGAGGAGCAGCAGCGGCGCAUAGAGCUCAACAAACAGCUCGCCCUGGAGAGGAGACUGGCCCGACAGAAACAGCUAGAGUCCUCGCAGUCCUCACAGCCUGAGGAACCGUCUGAAAGCUCCCCAAAACAUCAAGACAGCCAGGAAAACCGGGAAGAAGAUGUAGAUGAUGUAGACGAUACCACAAGAAAAAACGAGACCCCUUUAAAACAGAAAGCUGCUGUUUCUCAGAACUCUCCUCUAUAUGAUAACGAGUGUGACGACCCCAAAGUUCCAGAGCUGACCAACGGCAUAGAGGAUAAUGAUGAUAAUGACGAUUGAUUAUUUCACCUCCAUGACCUUUCAGUUUUCUAAAGCCUUUUCUAUUACAGCUGUUCAAUAAUAUGUUCUUCCUUUUGUUAAACAAGUACAACCAGAUAAGCCAAACUUUUUUUGUUAAAUAGUGUUUCUGUUGUUUGUGACAGGCUGGUUUAGAUUGGUUGGUUGGUUGAGAUGGUUGGUUGAGAUGAUUAGUUGGUUGGCUGGUUGAGAUGAGAUGGUUGGUUGAUUGGUUGAGAUUGGUUGGUUGAUUGGUGGAGAUGGUUGGAUGGUUGAGAGUUGGUGGAGAUGGUUGAGUUGAGAUGGUUGGUUGGUUGAGUUGAGAUGGUUGGUUGGUUGAGUUGAGAUGGUUGGUUGGUUGAGUUGAGAUGGUUGGUUGGUUGAGUUGAGAUGGUUGGGUUGGUUGAGAGUUGGUGAAGAUGGUUGGUUGAGAUGGUGCCUUGUCAUCCGAUGCCAAAAUCCUGCAGCUUAUAAAAAGCUUAAGAAAAGAGCCUCAAACCUGGAAGUCUCAAAGGAAAGUUUUCCUCUCUUUGCCUUAUAAAUGUACCAUCCGAGUCUGGACCAAAGCCCAAACGAAGGUUCAUAUGUUUUGCUACAUUUCUAUACAUUAGUGCAUGUCGUUUCGGUUUCGCACUUCAGUUGAAAAGUGACUGAGCGCAAUAUAGAACUGUACUACAUCCUGUUGCAUCAUCAUUAUUCAUAGAAUUUUGGAUUCCAACACAACACCAGUUCUUUUUUUCUAUUCGUCUGUUGUUUAGUUGGUGAUGAUAGACUGCUUCACUUCAUUUGAUUGAUCUGAAAGUCUGAACCAUCUAGAGAAGUUUCACCUGUUCAGAGAUUACCUGUUCAGUGUGAAAAGCAUCCUUGGGGGAAGUUUUAGUCUUGGAUUCUAUCCAUCAGGAAUGGAAAAUAUUAUGAGUCUAUGACUAGGAUUUACCCCUGUCUGGAUAACUGUCCCUUAGUAUUAGGUUGUAAGGACCUUUAUCCUCUGUGAGGGUUACUAUUUUUCUGCCCCUUCUUUUCGUUCUUGUUAUAUAUUCCGGCCUUCAUGUUCACACAGUUUCCUAUUUUCAUUGUUUUUCUAAACUAUUCUAAAUAAAGUGUUUAAUCAACUGUA